CGAGAGAAGGCUUAGGGUCGAGACAAGGGCACGCAAUCUAAAAACUGCGAGACAGGCAACAGCCGUGGUUGAACGCGCGUUAGCAGCAGCAGCGGCUAGUGCAGUAGCAAUAGCUACCUCUUCAACCACUUCUGCUGCAAACUCUACUGGUCACGCGACCAGUUCACAGUCCAUCUCCAGUACGUCAGGAGCUAGCACUAGUCAGAUGGCGGGUUCGCACUUCAACUCGCCACCUCCACGCACCCGGGAGCAGAUGGAGCUCCAACAAGUAGAGAGGAUUUGCUUAAGGGUAGAGGAGGAACUCAGACAGGCUACUAAAAGGGAGAAAGAGAUUAGAGAUAAGAGUGUCAGACUAGAGGGUAGGGAGGCAGACAAGGCUGCGCUAGAGGGGUUAGAUGACUCGACCCUUAGCAAUAAUGAAAAGAUUCUGAAGGCGAGCAUCCUGUCCAUGCAUGCAUACAUGGACAGUAAACUGGAUACAAUCCAGGACACCUUGGACCAGAUCCUGAAUGCCAUGCACAGGCCAGGAGUCAGGCCAGCGGUCUUGCCGUCGCUGCCAUUCUCAGUGACGACAGACCUCUAUGCUGCUCAGUCUGAACCACCACCAAGUGGUACAUCAGCAACAGCCUUAUCUCAUACUGUUGCUUCUUCAUCUUCCGGUCCAGCGACUGGUGCUACACCACAGUCGCCACCUAUCUCGCCAGCGGGACAGCAAUGGUAUCCCAAGACCCCCCUGAAACCACCUCCAACCUUCUCAGGAGACAAGAAGGACGAGGCUCUCGACACGUGGUUGAGAACGGUGCCAGUGUGGGUGAGGGCAAAGAGGACAUUGGUAGAGGAGGAAGUGAUUACUGCUGCAUCCUACUUAGAGGGUUCAACAACUCGCUGGCUUAAUGGAUUGGUAGCUACAAAGGGGUUCGGCAGGAACAUGGAUGAUUGGACGCAGACCCACACCUUGGAGAGCUUUAUGGACUUAGUGGAGGCUCAACGACACAACCCUCAACAGGCACAGAUUGCCACUGAUGGGCUUCUAAAGCUUGAUACUAGAAAGUACACGUCGGUGCGAGAACUUACCACAACCGUAGAGCGCCUGAUCGUGGUCUUAGGACUGGAGUACAAUCCACAUGUCUUAUCGACCAUGUUCUUGAGAUGUCUUCCCACAGACAUCAAGAACUUACUGGCCAGCGAGGCUCGCCUAGAGUAUCACACCUUUGAGACAUUCAGUAAAAAGGCCUUAGAGGCUACGCUGGGUAGUACUCAAACCCCUUCUACGGACGGGAGGAAGAAGACUCCACAAAAAUGGAAGAAGAAGGGUAGUCGAUUGAUGAUGGUUGAUUUCGAAGAGAAUCAAACUGAAAUCGAUGAUGUUUCUGAACUUGUGGGGGGUGCAGAGUCAGACGACGAGGAGAGUGUUAAGGGUAGCAACCUCGCCGCAGCAAUUAAGACUAAGGCAGAAGGCCGCGGGAAGGGCGGUCAGCAAAGGAGUCAGGGGCAGGCCGCUAACCCAAACAAGAUAGCUGCUUGCGUUAGAGCAGGCUUGGAUCAGGAAGUGCGGCGAGAUCGAUGGUCGCUUGGUGCUUGCAUACACUGCGGCGAGUACGACCAUACGUAGUUUAAAUGCAAGAACCCGAAGGUCUCGCAGAAGAUCCCUCCUAAGGGUGGGUUUCCUUCUUCUCAGUCUGGGGCCUCUACGAGCUCCAGCUCG